UUUCGGUUUCACUAAACCGACUCGACUUCCCCGGAACUCAAACUUUUACGUGUGUUUUAAAAUCACUUUAUGGAUCAGCUUGAAUAUGGAGAACUUUGUUCUGUAUGAUGAGAUUGGACGUGGUGAACAUACCAUUGUCUACAAGGGCCGCAGAAAAGGAACAAUCAACUUCUUAGCUAUACAUUGCAUUGAUAAAUGCAAGAGAGCUUACAUUACAAACAGGGUGCGCCUUACACAUGAGAUACGCCACACAAAUAUUGUCGACUUCCAUGAGUGGUAUGAGACAAGUAACCACUUAUGGCUCGUUGUGGAGCUGUGCACGGGUGGGAGUCUGGAGACGGUGAUUGCUCAGGACAACAAUCUUCCGGAAAGCGCAAUCAGAAAGUUUGGCGUGGAUCUUGUUACUGGGUUGCAUCAAAUCCACUCCCUUGGGAUCAUUUUUAGUGAUCUCCGACCAAGCAAGAUCUUGCUUGAUGGACCAGGCAUUCUGAAAUUUGCUGACUUUGAGGUUUCACGAGCAGAGGGUGAGAAUCUCGAUGAGCUGUUUGAAUCGUUCCUAGAGGGUGCGGAGGCAGAGGAGGGGGAAGAAAUGAAGGUGGACACAGCAGGUUCACCCACCUACAUGGCCCCCGAGUUAUUUCAAGGCGAACCUCUUUCAAUCUCGAGUGAUAUUUGGUCUCUCGGAUGCGUCAUGUAUGAGAUGUACACCGGCCACCCACCAUUCUUAGCUGACUCCUACGAUCAGCUUGUCGAGAAGAUUUUGAGCAAGGACUUCCCACCUCCAAGAGUAAAAGGUAGUAGAAUUUCCAGCAAGCCCUCAAAUGAUUUUGUCAGCCUCGUUGGUGUACUGAUGCAGAAGAAUCCUAGAGAACGUUUGGGAUGGAGCGGACUUGUGAUGCAUCCAUUCUGGAAGGGCGACCUCCAGCACCUCGCGAAAGACCUCCAAGCAUCGACGGACAUGCGCCCGAUAAGCGUCGCAAGCACAAUGAAGAGUAGCGUCAAUGUCACCAAAGGCAGUACAAUGUUCAGUAACGUUCAUAGCGUAGAGUUGCAUCGUAGUCUUGAUCAGAAUAUGGAACAGUUAGAUCUAACGGGCAUCCAUGACAGAGCAGAAACGCCUGGUGGGUUGCUCGAUUCGUAUCGUCCAAAGACAGCGCCUGAGAAAGGAGAAGGCAAAGCAACGUUCACGUUAAGUUCCCGCCCAUCGACUGCUGUCCCGCCAGAGGAACCAGUCCGUCUGGCGCAGUCGCCGCUAAGCAUGAAGGAGACGUUACGGAAGGCAAAACAAGAGAUGAUGGGGAAUAAUGACGAACAGGCAGACGAUCAGCCGGCGAAGACCAUCUUGCCACUCGUGUUUCACAUCAGCGAUCAGUCGGUUACACCCAUAGUAGACAAUCCAAAGAUAUUAAAGCCGGCAACUCUUAAAUUUGAUUCAAAAUCCAUCCCAGUUCCUCCUCAUUCUGCGGACAAAAUUCUAUCACUUUCACCAAAAGACCAGCAGAAACACAUUCAGGCCGUCGUAAACGCCAUAGAUACGCCGGAGAAGGGCCCACCGUCACAGAAGCGGCUCCAUCUGUUGAUCUACACAGCAACCCUGGCAUCGAAACCGGCCCUCGCUGAGAUCUUCAUGAAGUAUAACGCCAUGAAUGUGAUGGCAAAGCAAAUCAAGGAUAAUACACAAGUGGACCUGCGUGUGCGUCUUGCCAGAAUCAUUGGACUGAUUGCGAAUAACCUGACUGAAUUGGACGAGGCAUGUAACAUGAGUGAGCCUUGUACCAUCCUAACUGAAGUCAUCCGAGGAAAUUUCAACAAUGCUAAGCUGAAGCAGGGUCUUCUACCAGCCCUCGGUGAGCUACUAUUCCUCAUUGCAACACAAGAGGAGGCUAAGAGCAGUAGCAUUAGUAACUGGAGUAUCCCGUCGACAACCUAUACGAUCGUCACCCGGUGUUUGCGAGACGGAGAAGACGCCAUUGUGAAUCAUUAUGCGGCCAAGACGGUCGAGAAUGUUGUGACGACGUCUGGAUCACAUUCGCAAAAGUUUGUCUCAAAUGAAGUGGCGCAACUUAUGUGGUACAUCUUUACACAUUCGACAAUGGAUUCGUUGAGAGUCACUACUAUUUCAGCCCUUUGUCGGCUGACCAAGCAUAACCCAGGAGUCUUUCAGAGCGUCAUCGAUAAGGUCGGCCUCUCCAAGAUUCUUGGCUCUCUGGCAAUUGGAAUCUCUCGUGUUCAGCAAGCUAUCGUCACGAUGUUCACAGCGCUCGUUGUAUCAGGGGCGCAUUUGCAACGGAUGAUGCAAGAUAAGGAUUUUAUGCAUCAGUUGAUGAAGCUGUUAGACAGCCAGUCGAUGGUGAUCCGUGCCAAGACGUUCUUGCUGAUUGUUGAGGUGAUAAAGACCAAUCAAGACAUGCUUCUGACGUGCUGCCAAGCAAGACUUGUGAUGUACAUGGAGCGCGACAUGAGACGACAGACACCAAAGGCGACAGAAAACAGAGAACAUUCUGAAUAUCUCAACACAUGUCUGGAAGUUCUGACUGAAUACAUCGUGGCUUUACUUCCUAACCUUAGCAAGGACAUCCUUGCCUCUCUAGACAACGUCGCGGGUCGACGUCACCCAUCCACAGCCCAGGCCAAACACCUGAAACAAUCCCUGCCCAUGAUGACAGUCUUCCUUCACGUCAUUACCAGCCAGAUUUUCCGUCCGCACGUCGUUAACGAGAGCUUCCUGGACAGCUUGGCCGAGUUUUUGAAUCAUGUGAAAUCAAUGGACAGCGGCGAGACAAAUAUUGAGAGUGCUGCUGGAAGUGGAAGUUCCGUAACAUUUACACAGACGGUGAUGUCCAUGUUGGAAGCUAUCACUCAGCAUCCGACAAUACUUGUCGAGUUCGAAAAGAACAUCAUCAACAAGCUACUGCCACCUCUGGCUGCUCUGGUCUCGAGUGGCAAUGGAGACACGAGACUUCUCUGCCUAAAACUAUUCUCAGACAUGUCGGCCAUUUUGUUAACUGGGGAACAGUUCCUACAGAGGACAGAUCAGAGUAAACUGCUCCAUAACAUUAUUGAAGACGCACUACUUCCACAGUAUGAGCAGAUCCUACUGGAUCAGGACCCCAUCCCAGCCUAUGGUCUGAAGCUGAUCCAUGCCAUGAUCGAACAGGACCCCACCUUCAUUAGGAAGUUCCAGUCAAAGGGGCUGACUGCUGUCCUCUUCCAAGUCUUGCUUGACCACCAGAGUAGUCCAGUUGGUAGCACCAUGCAGAUGAUCGUCAACAUCCUCAACUGUCUGGUCAGUCACAAGGAAACAGAUCUCAAUGAAUUAUAUGACCAAGGUCUUGUCGACUACAUGACGAAUAUUUUCCUGGAGGUGGCAAUCUUAUGCCUUGAAGAGGAAGAGAAGGUGGACCUGAAGACGGCCUCAUCAAUGCUGCAGACCCUAUUGGACACGCUGCAUGGCAUGCUCAAGUUUGUGUCAGAGGUUGUCAGGAAGGCAUUGCAGUCCAAGAAAGCUGGAGCAGAGGGCGGUACAAUGGAGGCAGAGGAGGCUGAGAAGCUCCUGCUGAAUAAUAAACCCUUCACCGACAUGACUGGUGUCAUGAUACAACUGCUUGUCAAUGACGACCAUGACGUUGCUGACCACGCCUGUAAGACCUUGUCACUGAUGGUGCAGCUGUUUGGUGGUGAAAAUCCCGAGGCUCUCUCGCCAGAGAAUAUGGCGUUCUUCAGUCAGGUGUUGAGAAAAGCUGAUGCAAGAAAACAGAAAAUCGUCUUGAGGAUCAUAAAAAGAUUUGUGAGCACAGAACAAGUGCACUGUGACAACAUGAAGCAUCACGGAGCAGAGUUGGCGGAGACGAUCACGUCGUUGGUGCAGACAGCAAGCUCACAUGCGGAUGUCGCUGUGUCGUCCCUGGCAGGGGAAAUACUUAAAACAACAGGAUAUGUAAAAUGAGGAGAAACUGAGUAAAAUGAAGCAGUUGUUAUUCUUUAUGUACAUGUAGCUUGUCUUUAUUUGUAAAUGUAGUAGAUUGUUUUGUUAUUUUUCACAGCAGGUCUGUAUAAUAUUGGUUGCAAGAGUUCUUUUCCAUUCAGAUCUGGUUCUUUGACUCUGUAAGUGCUGGAUGUAUGUUUUUGGGCCAACCUGUAUAGCAAAAA